GCCAUAUUUGCCGGUGCCGCUGUUGUAAACAAAAAGUGAGAGACAGACGCUUCACUGAAUUUCGGGUCAUUUUUAUUUCUUUAAUUUACAAUGUCUUUGGGAAUGUCUUAUAAACCCAAUAUCCACCAGCACAUUCCGGGAACUUCUGGGAAUCAGGUUGGAAACCUCCAGUCUUCCUCAGCAGCAAACCUGGCCACGUUGCAGUCUUACAGGCCUCUCCUGAAUGACUACGGACCUCCAUCUCUGGGAUUCUCUCAGGGCUCCACCGGCAGCCAAGUUCCUCAGAACAAAUAUGCAGAGCUGCUGGCCAUCAUCGAAGAACUCGGGAAGGAGAUCAGGCCCACAUAUGCUGGAAGCAAGACUGCCAUGGAGAGACUGAAAAGAGGAAUAAUCCACGCCAGAGGGCUGGUGCGCGAAUGCUUGGCAGAGACGGAGAGAAACGCCAGGUCCUAGCUGCAAUCCCACGUUCGUCCCUGCAAGAAGAACUAACCGUCUCAUCGAAACAAUAAAUAAACUUGCAUGGUAUUUCCUCUGAGAGGAGGAAGUAAAUGAACAAAGGAUUGGAAAAGCAAGCUCAACUCCUAGAGGAAAGAAAAAAAAAAUA